UUUUGUUCAUUUAUUUGAAUACCCUUCUCUGUCGUCUCUGCAAAUCAGUUUUCUUCUCCUCUCAUCUCAGUUCUCACCCACCUCCGUGUCCGCUGGUUUUCGCCGGAUCUGACCCGUGUCCCGUGUCGGAUCGUGUCGGCACAGGUACUGCACCCCAAAUUGCAAGUCCGGGAUCUGGAAUUACAAUGUCUUCAUCAUAUCUUCCAGCAACCACCGAUUCAAUUGCUCGGGCCCUAGAAGCCAAAACACCAUCUGAAGCCAUCUCAAUCCUCUAUCGUGUAUUACAAAAUCCUUCAUCUGCUCCUGAUGCUGUGCGGAUUAAAGAGCAGGCCAUAACAAAUCUGUCUGAUCUUCUCAGACAAGAGAACCGAGCAGAGGAGCUCAAAAGUCUUCUGGCCCAAUUGAGGCCCUUUUUUGCGUUGAUUCCAAAGGCAAAAACUGCCAAAAUUGUUCGUGGUAUAAUUGAUGAUGUAGCGAAAAUACCUGGAACAUCAGAUCUCCAGAUUUCUCUUUGCAAAGAAGUGGUGCAGUGGACUCGUGCCGAGAAGCGAACUUUCCUACGCCAACGAGUUGAAGCUAAACUUGCAGGCCUUUUGAUGGAGAACAAGGAGUACUCGGAAGCACUUAAUCUCCUUUCUGGCCUAAUUAAGGAGGUGAGAAGGUUGGAUGACAAGCUGCUUCUUGUGGACAUAGACUUGUUGGAGAGUAAGCUUCAUUUCUCUCUCCGAAACCUUCCAAAAGCCAAGGCAUCUUUAACAGCUGCAAGAACAGCAGCAAAUGCGAUUUAUGUCCCACCAGCUCAACAGGGUAAUAUAGAUUUGCAGAGUGGAAUCCUCCAUGCAGAGGAGAAAGACUAUAAAACUGCUUAUAGUUAUUUCUUCGAAGCAUUUGAAGCUUUCAAUGCUCUUGAAGAUCCUCGAGCUGUCUUUAGCCUCAAGUAUAUGCUGUUGUGCAAAAUAAUGGUGAGCCAGGCUGAUGAUGUUGCUGGUAUAAUAUCAUCAAAAGCUGGGCUUCAAUACGUGGGGCCUGAACUUGAUGCCAUGAAAGCUGUCGCUGAUGCCCAUGCAAAACGUUCCCUGAAGCUUUUCGAGAUUGCUCUUUGUGAUUUCAAGGCUCAACUAGAGGAAGAUCCUAUUGUCCACAGGCACCUUUCUUCCCUCUAUGACACUCUACUGGAGCAGAAUCUCUGCAGAUUGAUUGAGCCAUUCUCAAGGGUUGAGAUCGCUCAUAUUGCCGAACUCAUUGAACUGCCUGUAGACCAUGUGGAGAAGAAACUUUCUCAGAUGAUUUUAGAUAAGAAGUUUGCAGGGACUCUGGAUCAGGGUGCCGGAUGUCUCGUUAUAUUUGACGAUCCCAAGACCGAUGCCAUCUACCCCACAACAUUGGAAACCAUCUCCAACAUUGGCAAGGUCGUAGACAGCCUCUAUGUCAGGUCUGCUAAGAUAAUGGUGUAGGGUGUGAUACCUAGGAAUGGUUAUAUUAUUAAUCACUCUGCUUCGAGCCCGGGGAGAAAGUAUGUUUGCGGAUUGACAUGUUUCAAUGUUUCGGUUUUAAUGGUGUAUUGCGGAAGAACAUUUGAUUCAAAUAUGUGGUGUAUUGCCUGAUAUGUUUCUAGAACUUUUUCUAAGUUGUCUUUCUUUGAAUUUAGCUUGUUCACUUUAUUUGGCAACAUUAAUUCUUUAAUAGAACCACAUCUUUUUAGGGAUAA